AUGUCUGCCGACACAUCAGCAGGAGCGAAUGAGGACCAGAGAGCCUCUCUGACUUCCCGAAUACUCCCUACCAUGACUUUGUCGAAGGGAUCAAGUCCACUCACUCGCCCUCUCGCCCCAGUGCCUUUUACAUCGGCUCGUGAGCGAGCAGAAGCACGAUUCCAAGUUCAGGGCAAAGCCAUAGUCACCGGCGGAGCAGGAGCACUAGGCAUAAUAUCAGCACAGGCUCUCCUGGAGCACGGUCUUUCCUCGCUAUGUAUUAUGGAUCUCCCUAGGACCUUGGAGACAUCAGAAGAACAAAUCCAAUCUCUAGCAUCGAAGUUUCCCUCUGUCAAUAUAACCACAAUCCCCUUGGACGUGACAUCAAUGGAGUCAAUCGAAGCCGCAUUUGAGCAGGCAAGCAAGACAAUGGAAGGCAUCGACAUCCUCUGCUGCUUUGCUGGUAUCCCCGGCUGCCAGCCGUCCCUCACAGUAACACCGGACCAGUUCAACCGAGUGAUAGACGUCAACCUGAAUGGGUCUUUCUUCUGCGCCCAGGCAGCAGCAAAGCGCAUGGAAUCCUCAGGCAAAGGCGGAUGUAUCUUAUUCACUGCGUCGAUGUCUGCCCGUUAUACCAAUUUCCCACAGCCGCAGGCUGCUUACAAUGCGAGCAAGGCUGGAGUCGCGCAUAUGACUCGAAACCUGGCUGCUGAGUGGGCCGUUCAUGGGAUCAGAGUGAAUAGUAUUAGCCCCGGGUAUAUGGACACCAUUCUUAAUGCUGGGGACAGCCUGGCGGACGUUAGGAAGAUUUGGGAUUCGCGUUGUCCGAUGGGCCGGAUGGGGGAUCCCGAGGAGAUUACUGGAGCUGUUGUUCUUUUGUGUAGUCAGCGUGCAGGACGGUACAUCACUGGUGCUGAUAUUGUUAUUGAUGGGGGGACUUUGACUCUGUGA